CAUGGUAUUAAAUUAAGCCUGGCCAAAGCCUGGAGAGGAUUUUGCGCCUUCACAGCCUCCAAGCGUCCCAUACCUGGUUGUACUUCAGCUCGCUGGCAACAUGGCUGUGAAUAAAUCCUGUUCAUAUGUAGAGGUGAAUAACUGUUUUCUGAAUGGAGUCAGCACUGCCUUGAGUGAGUCCUCCUCUAUCUGCAGUGAUAUAAAGGAAGCAUCUGAGAUUGAAUUCAUGAACUCCAUCAGCUGCACAUUUGAUCCGUUUGACUUCAUUGAAGAGUCUUGGCAACAUUGUGACAACAUGCUGCAGACAAGUGACAACAAGAUACACGUGGCCAAUAACAUGAUGGACAUGGACCAGGACCCUCGCAAACGGCUGUGCUUUGCUGAUGGCCGAAGGAAAGUGGACUAUGUGCUGGUGUACCACUACCGAAAACGCUCCUCCGUCAGGGGCUCUCCUAGUCAGCACAGACUUUCCAUCAUCUCCAAUGGUAGUUAUCCUUUAGGAGUGGAGGAGAAAGACCAAGAGGGAAGGAAGGAUGAACCUGCGGAGGUGGUGGUGGAUGUCGGACCACCGGACCCCGCCGAUGGGGAGAAAAUCAUGAUCCGAGAGGAGUUCGAGGGUAAUUUAAAGGACGCUGGGCUGGAAAUUGAGCAUGAUAAAGAGAACAAGGCUCAUGGUCAUGCUUUCAUUCGGCUACAUGCCCCUUGGCAGGUGUUGAGCAGAGAGGCAGAGUUUCUCAAGAUCAAGGUGCCCACCAAGAAGAGUUACGAGUUAAGGGAAGAAAAAGGUCUGGCUGCCACCAUGAAUGAAGUGUGGCGGAAGUUAAAUCAACCAUUCCAGCCCAAAGUACCCCAUCAGGAGCAAGAACACAGCCGUACCAAGUUCCUUUCACACUGUUUCUCCCGGGACAAACUCCACCUGUACAACAUCAAGUCAAAGGAUACCUUCUUCGACAAUGCCACAAGGAGCCGAAUAGUGUAUGAAAUCCUCAGACGCACCGCCUGCACACGGACCUGCCAAACCAUGGGUAUCACCACAUUGAUAGCCAAUGGGGUCUAUGAUUCAGCGUUCCCGCUACACGAUGGAGACUUCCACCCCAGUGGACAAGCUGAGGGGAAGAACGACAGACAACUGUUACAUGAUGAAUGGGCAAGAUACGGUGCCUUUUACAAGUAUCAGCCUGUUGAUCUUAUCAGGAAGUACUUUGGCGAGAAGAUAGGUCUCUACUUUGCCUGGCUUGGUGUCUAUACUCAGCUUUUGAUCCCUGCGUCUGUGGUGGGCAUCAUUGUGUUCUUCUAUGGCUGGGCCACUGUGGAAACAAACAUACCUAGCCAGGAGAUGUGUGACGAGGAUCAGAACUUCACUAUGUGUCCCCUUUGUGAUCGAGCAUGUGACUACUGGCAUCUGAGCACAGCGUGUGGCACGGCGCGUGCCAGCCAUCUCUUUGACAACCCGGCCACCGUGUUCUUCGCCAUCUUCAUGUCCCUCUGGGCUGCCAUGUUUCUAGAGCACUGGAAGCGCAGACAGAUCAGUCUGAACUAUAGCUGGGAUCUGACAGGCAUGGAGGAGGAGGAGGAACAUCCCAGACCCAAAUACGAAACGAUUCUUCUUCAGAAGAGGCAGAGGAAGAAGAAAAAUACAAAGAAUAAAAAUGAGCCUGAGAGAGGUGUGGACGAGAGCGGGGAACUGGGGAAGGACAAAUGGAGGCAGAGGUUACUGUCAGCCAUGGCAGCUGGGAAUCCGACUGGACAUGAGAAGCUAACAUGGAGGGACAGACUGCCUGGAUAUUUAAUCAACAUUUCCUCUAUUCUGUUCAUGUUUGGAGUGACUUGCUCUGCCGUCUUCAGUGUCAUCAUCUACCGUAUCACCAUCUCCGCCCUCAUGGCGAUGAGCUCGGAUCCAGAGGUCAAGUCUAACGUACGUGUGACUGUCACGGCCACCGCCGUCAUCAUCAACCUGGUAGUCAUCCUCAUACUGGACGAGAUAUACGGCAUGGUGGCUGCAUGGCUGACAGAGCUGGAGAUCCCUAAAACGGAGACCAACUUUGAGGAGCGUCUCAUUCUGAAGGCUUUCCUCCUGAAGUUCAUGAAUGCCUAUGCACCCAUCUUCUAUGUGGCCUUCUUCAAAGGGAGGUUUGCUGGCCGUCCCGGUGACUACGUUUAUGUCUUCAAUGAUUACCGUAUGGAAGAGUGUGCUCCUGGAGGCUGUCUGAUUGAACUCUGUAUCCAGCUCAGUAUCAUCAUGUUGGGGAAGCAGCUAAUUCAGAAUAACGUCUUUGAGAUUGGCAUUCCAAAGCUGAAGAAGCUGUGCCGCACACUCAAGGACAAAGAGCGGGCACCCAAGGAGAUUGUGGAGCAGCCGGGUCGCCGCCAGCAGUGGCACCUGGACUAUGACCUGGAGCCUUUUGACGGACUCACACCUGAAUACAUGGAGAUGAUCAUUCAGUUUGGUUUUGUGUCGCUCUUUGUGGCCUCAUUCCCACUGGCUCCGCUAUUCGCUCUCUUAAACAAUGUCAUCGAGAUCCGCCUCGACGCCAAGAAGUUCGUCACGGAGCUUCGCAGGCCAGACGCCAUUAGGGCCAAAGAUAUCGGUAUCUGGUACAACAUCUUGAGUGGUUUGGGAAAGUUCUCAGUUAUCAUCAAUGCCUUUGUCAUCUCCUUCACAUCAGAUUUCAUCCCUCGCUUGGUCUACCAGUACAUGUACAGCGAGACGGGGACCAUGCAUGGCUUCAUCAACCACACGCUUUCUUACUUUAACGUCAGCAACUUUAAACCUGGAACUGUGCCUUCCAUCUCCAGUCUCGGCAAAGACAUUACAUUCUGCAGGUACAAAGACUACAGAGAACCACCAUGGUCGACUGAGCCUUACCAAUUCUCCAAACAGUACUGGUCGGUUCUAGCGGCUCGGUUAGGUUUUGUCAUAUUGUUCCAGAAUCUGGUGAUAACCAUGAGCAUGCUGGUGGCCUGGGUGAUCCCUGAUGUGCCCAAAAACAUCAGUGAGAAGCUGAAGAAGGAGAAAACUCUUCUGGUGGAUGUCUUCCUGAAUGAAGAAAAGGAGAAGUUACAGUUGAUCCAGAGCUUGUUCUCCAGAGAUCUGACACAAGAACAGCAGGAGGAGCUGAAGGUGUCGGAUCAGACCUCACUGCCUCUUCAGCAAACCCAACCCGGACAGCUCCCUCCCACCUCGUCCCCAGCUCCUCGCACCCGACCCCGAGCCGCAAGCUUCAGCCAGUUCACCCGCCAGAUGUCCAUGUCUCCCCGAAGCGACAUCACCCAACACACGGCCGUGUGAGGGAAGUCGGGCGAGAGAAGAUGAGUCCAGAGUGUUUCACAGUGCCUGAGCGCUGGAGUUUGAGGCUCUGAGUUUCGGGAAUCAGGUGCCCUCGGUUCUAUGUUCCUGUUUUUUUGUACCAGAGAAUGAGGGGGUCACUCCUUUUGCUCACUGAACUGUAGUCUCAAUGUCAGUCUUACAGGCUCUGUGUCUGUUUUUAAACCCUCAGAUGUUCCUACUGUUUUUAGGCACGUCUGACACAUAAACUUGAGCUUCAGUAGGAACGCUCGCAUUUUUUUCCUCCACAAUCAGCUCCCGAGCAAGGAUGUUUGUCGGCACACACUCGUAAAGAGCAGCACAUAUUUGGUGACGUUGCGCAAUCUGUACAUGCUGUCCAAAUGCAAAACCGCUUUGCACAUUGUCCACAAGAUGUAGCAUAUAAUGGCGAAUAAUCUUUCAUUUUCUCAGGUAACAGCGUCACUGUAGGCUGUAUUCGUUCUCAUCAAUAUGACCGUUCUUGGGUUAAAGUCUAUGAUGCGUGUUAGUAAGUUAAGGUGCAAAGAACACAAUUUCAAUGUGGUACUGCAACGUAUUCUGUGAAACGUGUGGCGUUUUGUCUUUUUAACGAUCCAGCCCAUUAUGUAACACAUUAAGGCAAUAUGUAAUUAAACUCAUGUUUGUCAGUCCAUAUAUUUAUGCUAUGCCUCCUUCUGAUAAAAUGCAGGGCUGUAGAUUUGGACCGCACAACAUUCGCUGUAUUUAUGAUUGUGGAGCAGCUGGUCUUUUUGUGCCAUGUCAACUAUAAUCCUCCCAUGAAUUUGCCGUCACUGGUGUGGGAAGGUUGAGCAGGGGUUACUGUUAUCCAGGGAGGAAUCAUGGAUGGAUGUUGUGUGCCAACAUCUGGCCAUCAAGUCAUCAUUCACUAUGCCUCAUAGGACUUAAUACUCAUGCAAGAAGAAUAAAUAUUUAAUCCCAAUUA